AUGAAAUGGUUCACACACAUUUUUAUUGGGAGGCAAAAUGUAUCACCAUUUGGGUAUCCUCAACAUUAUUUAAAUUUUUAUUUGGUUACUACAGCACCUGUAUUCACCUGUUUAUUCAGAUUCUGCACGAAUGAGGACAAAGAAAUAAAAAUUCUGCCUAAAAGUUAUGUAACACAAGCAACGCAUAGUAACAGGAACUUGACUUUAAGAGCCAUUAGUGAUGAAAAAGUUGAAGGAACAGUAACAAAACAUAACAAUGCUAUGGGUACUGAGAAGAUGUACAUGUACUCUGGGAUACAGCUAAAAUCGCUAGCGAAACUGUUACAUUGUAGCGUUAAUGACAUGCAAGUGCUAGUCAGCAAAUACAGUUUUUUCACCCAUCUUUCUCCAGAGUUGAUCAAAGAAAAGAUUAACAUAAUGUUGUUUUAUGGACUACCAUAUUCAUUUAUGUCAGCAAAUCCUAGACUCUUGUAUCAGACUUCUGCCACAGAGUUGAAGAGACGUUUGCAGCAAUUUAGAGAUCAUUCUUUUUUGAGUGAGAACUCUGUAGUGACUCUUGAAAAUCUUGCUCAUUAUUUAGAGUGUAGAAAUGACCAGUUUGACUGGACAUUUAAAAAACUGUGUGCAGAAAAGAAAGCUCUUGAAGGAUGUUAUGAUCAGACAGCAUACAUUCAAUUCCGUCUCAGUGUUACUAAAGAGCAGGCACAGCAGUUACUACAUUCUUAUCCAUUACAGAGGCAUCUUAGCAAUACAAAACUGAAAGAGGUACUGGACUUUUUCCUGAUUGAAACUAAGUUGGGUGCAGAGUUUUAUAUAAAACAUAGAAAGCUUUCAAUGUUUUCCAUAGUAAGACUUCGAGCUCGCUGGCGUGUCAUUGUUUCUGAAGGGAUAACAUCAGAGGCUAAGAUGCUGUACAUUUGGAACAUAUCAGAGGAAAUGUUUAAUAAUACAUAUAAGAAUAAUGUUGUCUGA